GCAAAAUACAUGGUGGUCCAGUUUCAAUGAAGAGAGAAGCAGACACAAACCUAUAACUGUUUAAAAGAGACCCUUCAUACAUCAACUUUGAUGCUAUAUUCCAUUCACUUCUUUAUCAUUCUCUCUCACAAACCGGUUUGAAUUUGGUGCUACUUCAAACUCCAAACUUCAAAAAACAAAGGGAUUGAAUUGCUUGUUCAUAUUUUUUGUCUAAGACUUAAAAAUACUAACAAUGUCUAAUAUGGUAGAGGUGAGAGUUCCAAAUCUUGAUUGUGAGGGAUGUGCUUCAAAAUUGAAGAGAGCUCUCUACAAGCUCAAAGGAGUAGAUGAGGUAGAGGUGGAAAUGGAGGCACAAAAGAUAACAGUUAAAGGGUAUGGCUUAGAAGAGAAGAAGGUUUUGAAGGCAAUAAAACGUGCAGGGAAGGUAGCAGAACCAUGGCCAUUCCUAGCAGGGCAUUCUCAUUUUGCAUCAUUCUAUAAGUACCCUACUUACAUUGUUAACCAUUACUACAAUGAUGCAUACAAGAGUGAAGCUACAAAUGGAGUUCACACUUUCUUCCAUACACCUUCUCUUUAUUCUGUUGCUGUGGCCUCUGAUGAGGCCUUUGCUUCACUCUUCAGUGAUGAUAAUCCCCAUGCAUGCUCCAUUAUGUAAGACAUGUUCAUAUAUCAUAUGAUAUGAGUCAUGUUUUUCCA